GACAUCAAUGAUCGAGCGCAAAACCUCGUGUUUCGUGUAUUUCAAGUGGAAGCCUCCGUUACCAGUGCAUUUGUAACAAGCGAAUCCUAGUUGAAAAAAAACUGCCACGCGAAACCAGAAGUCGUAAAUUCAGUCGCAAAGCUUCUCAGAAGCUUGCACCAGUAAGAUCAAAAGUAUCUAAUCGACGAGAAACAUAUAAAAAAGGUAAAAUGACGGCACUUUCGGCGGCCGGCGAUGGAAGACGCGCCCACGGACAAGCGUACAAAGAUAAAAGCAAACCUACCGAUAUUCGAACGAGUAACAUCAAUGCUGCGAAGGCUGUUAGCGAUGCCAUUCGUACGAGUUUGGGACCCCGUGGAAUGGAUAAAAUGAUUCAAGCUGGCAAUGGAGAGGUCACUAUUACCAAUGAUGGGGCCACCAUUCUCAAAGAAAUGAAUGUCAUUCAUCCAGCAGCAAAAAUGUUGGUAGAACUGUCAAAAGCUCAGGAUGUUGAAGCUGGCGAUGGAACUACCAGUGUGGUAGUUGUAGCUGGUGCACUUUUAGAAGCUGCUGAACGUUUAUUGCAAAAAGGAAUUCAUCCCACUUUGAUCAGUGAUGCCUUUCAAAAGGCUGCAUUAAAAGCAGUAGAGAUUUUGAAAGACAUGUCCAUACCAGUUGAUUUGGCAGAUAAAGAAUCUCUUGUCAAGACUGCUGCCACAUCGCUUAACUCCAAAGUAGUCUUCCAACAAUCGAGCAUUCUGGCACCUCUAGCUGUGAAUGCAGUGUUGAAAGUAACUGAACCAGGAAAAGAGAAUACUGUCGAUUUGAAAGAUAUCAAAAUUAUCAAGAAACUCGGAGGUACCGUUGAAGAUACUGAACUGAUUGAAGGUCUGGUUUUCACUCAAAAAUCGUGUAACGUUAAUGGACCGCGACGUAUCGAAAAAGCAAAAAUUGGUCUUAUUCAAUUUUGUAUAUCACCACCUAAAACUGAUAUGGACCAUAACGUCAUCGUAUCAGAUUAUGCAGCAAUGGACCGGGUGCUCAAGGAAGAAAGAGCUUAUAUACUGAACAUCGUCAAACAAAUAAAAAAGAGCGGAUGUAACGUCCUGCUCGUACAAAAAUCUAUCCUCCGUGACGCCGUCAGCGACUUGGCUAUUCAUUUCCUCGAUAAAAUUAAAGUCAUGGUAAUCAAGGACAUCGAACGCGAGGAUAUUCCUUAUGUUUGCAAGACUUUGGGAUGCCGACCAAUCGCUUCUCUGGAUCAUUUUCUGCCAGAGAAUCUGGUGAACGCCGAGCUUUGCGAAGAAGUCCAAACCGGUAACUCCAAAUUUGUCAAGAUCACCGGCGUUCAAAACCAAGGUCGCACUGUAACUGUCCUGGUUCGUGGUAGUAACAAGCUUGUUCUAGAAGAAGCAGAGCGUUCACUCCAUGAUGCCUUAUGCGUUAUUCGCUGCCUGGUCAAGCAGAAGGCACUCAUUGCUGGAGGUGGUGCGCCGGAAACAGAACUGGCACUCAAGUUGGCUUCUUACGCCCAGACUCUAGGGGGUGUAGAUGCUUACUGCGUCCGAGCGUUUGCCAAUGCUCUCGAGGUGAUCCCAUCGACCCUGGCAGAGAACGCUGGACUCAAUCCAAUUGCUACAGUAACUGAGCUUCGAAAUAAACAUGCUCAGGGUGAGAAAACUGCUGGGAUAAAUGUACGUAAGGGUACAGUUACUAAUAUCUUGGAAGAAAACGUCGUGCAGCCACUUUUGGUUUCCAUCAGUCUGAUAACUCUGGCUUCUGAGACCGUUCGCAGUAUAUUGAAGAUCGAUGAUAUCGUAAACACCAAUCAAUAAAGCGUUUUCAUAAUGAUUGAUUCUAACGUUACUACAUACCUCAUUGAUACGGUUUUUCUACUCUGUCUCCUCGACAAGUUCAUACACAAACGAUGCUUCAUGUCAUGCCGAGUUACUAAUAUUACCCUAUACUUCGAAAUUUCAUAUUUGAAUAAUUGCAUCACCAGCGGCUUCGGCGAAUGUGCUUUUUACACAAUUUAGCGAUAAGAAGAAUUGUGAACAUAUUGUGGAAUGUGUUUGAAUAUUAUGGUUAAAGCGCACUUUCUGUAUUAAUACGAAUUCGUAAAAUUGGAUAAUAAAAGAAAUAUUAAUUUAAA